CUGUUGCCUUUGCUAACCAUGCUGAUAUAUCACUCAUUUUCUUGUCGUUAAUAGUGUUGCAAUGAGUUAUUAAAAGGUGGUUAGAAACCGGAGCAGAUGAGCUGCUCUGAAUUUAGUGUAACCCGAAGCAAGUUAUGAGGUAUCCCCUGGUUCCUCUGGUGAAUGAGCUGACCUUUCCUCUGCUUUUCUUCUGGUUCUGUUUGCCAUUUGUAAUGCUGUUGAUCAUCAUGAUCAUCUGGCUACAGCUUCUACUUAAUGAAGCACAGAUGCCCAGCACAGAAAAGAUAAAGAAAGAAUCUUUUGAUGAGCCUGAUUCUGACUCUAUAUUUGAAGAUGAGCUAACAGAGGAGGACAACCAGAGUGAUGCUUCCAGUACAGAGACACAAGAGGAGUCCCAACCCAGUGACUCUGCGGGGAGGCUGAGGCCCAAGCCUGCUUAUCUGAGCUCAAAUCCAAAAAGCCAAAAGCAAAGUCUUCUUGCUGUGACCUCAAACAGCUGGUCCCGGAGCCAGAAGAUAAGAUAUUCCCAUGUUGAAAAGAGCAAUUUCUGUAACAUCAUGAUGAUCUUUAAUGUCCUGAGGAUUCUACUGCUGCCGUCCUAUCUGAUUACCUACAUGGCUCAGCUGUUUGCUUUGCUGUAUGAAAAAGCUGUGAAAAUCCUGGACUCCCUGAGGCUGGAGAGCAGGGGACUGUUGGCUUCAGUCUUGGGGAGGAAACUGGAGCUGAGCAAAGCUCAGAGAACCACCAGAGGGUGAAAAUAAAGCAGAUGGUCUCAUGGCUUUUAGCAUCCAUCCUGCUUGGCAUCAGUGAGAGCGACUGCAGCAUGACAGAGGGAGGGGAAUUCUCUGAGAAGGAAACCCACUCAAGACUAAGUCAGCACUCACUGAGGUCACAACAACUACUUUCAGAGUACUAACAGGUUAGAUAUGAAAUAAAUGACAGUUUCUUGUCCACCACCUGGAUGUGUAUUCUGCUCCCCUUCCACUUCAAAGGAAUGAGUCCCUUUUUUUAAGGGCCAAGAACUGCACCGGUGAUACUCUCUGCUCACACUACUAAUCUUUGGUUUCAAACAAAAAAGAUCAAGGCAAUCUUUCUCUGUAGUGGUUCUUACUGGGACUUAAAUGCAGUACAGCCCAAGGAUUAUUAUACUUAUAGUCCAAUUAGCACUCUUCUGAUCUUCAACUUGUCAGUUUGCAAAGUAGGAAACAACUUUUCAAGACUCAGGUCUAAUAAAUUAAGCAAGCCUACCUCCAAUUAAUAAGAAAUAAUUAAGCCCUCAGCAGAUCCCGAGCAUGCAUGUCCCUCAUUUCCAUGCAGGCUCUGCUUUUUGGCACAGCUGGCAGGCUGAUGGAAGGUUAGAUUACAGCCUAAAGAGACACUCACCAGUAGCUUGAUUUCACCAGUUGUUGGAGCCACAAGGAGGGUGGUAGGACUGUGACGAGCCACCAUUUUGUGGCCUAAAGGUUUUUCCAGGUGUUGGGCUGUGAUCAGAACAGCUGUGUGCUCCUGGCAUCGAUGCACACAUUCAACACACUCUUUUUUUUUUAUUUAAAAAGGACCUGAAUUAGGAAGUCACAUCCCAAAGAGCACAGAGCCAAUUGUGAAGAACGUUUGUCUCUGCUCCCCACGUGCAGGCCAUGUGCCUGCAGAGCCUUGCAUGGGAACGCUGUGUAACACCAGCCCCUAGUAACCAUGAAACCUCUCCUGUCCGUAUUUGCCUUUCCCUCCCCAUCCCCUGAACGUGUCCAAAUGUUUGCCCAAAGCUGUAUGCUCUUAAAUAAAAACUGUUUGCCCACA